CACAGUUACACGUAAUACCUUUGUAUGUACCGCUAUAAAGGUACAAACAAGCGAACAUAGCUAACUCAACUUUUCUGGAUGAAGGCAAAUAAUAAACAUGCAGUGUCUAGGAUUUUUGUUUUUGCUUUUUGUCAGCAUUAAAGUGAACGCAGCACUUAACAAACAUGUUACAUGUGUGCGGGAUUAUCGAAAAAUUGGAUGCUUCAACAGCGUUGAACAUUUGUUGACCGAAGAACUUGUCAACGAUCGCGAUCUAAAGUCAAAAUAUUCCAUGGACUUAAUGAUCAAUUGGAGAAAUUUUUCAGCUUCGACUCACAGUUUGGCCUGUCGAUGUUCUGAAAAAGCUCGGGCAAAAGGUUUAAAAUUCUUCGGCAUUCGCUUUUACGGAGUGUGCUACGGAGGAAAUGACAUUUCUGCCUUGGAGAGGCAGUUAGUCCAAAAUAAGAAUAAAAAAAUUAACAACUGUGUCAAUGGUAAAUACAGAGUGUGUCUAGCCGCUGAUAGCAACAUGGAAUGCGCUGGAAAAGCAAAUGGUGAAUACAUUUACGAAAUUACAGAAGGCGAUGCAAAAGUUGUUAACGGAGGUUUCAGUGCAUGGAGCAAUUUCAGUGAAUGCACAGUUACAUGUGGAUCAGGACUACAAACAAGAGAAAGAACUUGCACCAAUCCAGAACCAAAAGGAGAAACAGCCGAAGAUUGUUCUUCAUUAGGACCAUACACAGAAACUAGAACAUGCAAUGUAAAAGAGUGUGAAAGAGACAUACCAUGUAAGUUUGUUACUGGAGAUGGUUCAGGUGGUACCGAAGUUAACAUUGGUUACAAAGAUACCAUUCAAGAUUGCAUCAUCGCCUGUGCAGACAGGAAAAAGAAAAACCCGAAAAUAAACGGUGUAACGAUUCCAAGCAAAAUAAGUGGAAAAGUUAACUGCUACUGCGAGAUAGGAAUGACUGGUAGCAACGGAGGUUCUUCAUGGCAAACAUGCUUUAUGCUUCUACCAGUUGACGGAAAAUUAUCUGACUGGUCUGAUUGGUCUAAAUGUUCAAAGUCAUGUGACGGUGGAAGUCAACAACGGACACGAGCAUGUUCACCCCCCAAACGUGGUGGAAAACCAUGUGACGGUCUUCUUGUACAAUCCAGAUCUUGUCACACUGAGAAUUGUCCAGAAUUUCCUUGCAACUUUGUUAUUGGUGAUGGAGCAGGUGGUACGGAAGUUAAUAUUGGAUACAAGGAAACAAUUUCAGAUUGCAUAAAUGCUUGUGCAGCGAAAAGAUUUGAGAAUCCAAAAAUAAACGGCGUGACUAUUCCCAGUAAAAUUACUGGUAAAGUGAAUUGUUAUUGUGAAAUAGGAAUGACGAAAAGUAAUGGUGGCUCUUCAUGGAGAACUUGCAAAAUGCUAUUACCAGUUGAUGGAAAAUUAUCUGACUGGUCUGAUUGGUCUAAAUGUUCAAAGUCAUGUGACGGUGGAAGUCAACAACGCACACGAACAUGUUCAGCACCUAAGCGUGGCGGAAAACCAUGUGAUGGUCCUCUUGUACAAUCCAGAUCUUGUCACACUGAAGCUUGUCCAGACGUAAAAUGCAGUUUCGUCAAAGGAGAUGGUACCGGUGGUACUGAAAUUAACAUUGGGUACAAAAAGACAGUGGCAGAAUGUAUUAAUGCCUGUGUUGCAAAGAGGGUCGAGUAUCCAGACAUAAAUGGCGUAACUAUUCCACCAGCAGGGAGAGUGAAUUGUUACUGUGAGAGAAGAAUGACAGGAUCGAAUGGCUCUGGUUCCUGGAAAACUUGUAAAAUUUAAGAAGUUUAAGAAAAAGAGAUCUAAGCUCAUCUUA